AUGCAAGACAUUGGUAAUAAUGGAUCCAAGUAUGGUCACAAGUGCGACUUGAUUUUUAGACAGUUUAAAAAUCAACAUACUGACCCUUUGGAGUUUGGUGCCAGUGAAGCCAAGCCAAAGAUUGAGGAUGAAUCUGGUACAAAUUUUAUGAAUGAAGGCUUCUACAAAUUACCACGUAUCCUGAAAGACAUGCUGGACUCGUUACUCAAGGAAGUCAUCAUCGUUCAGAGGCUAUUCGCACUGUCGGAUUUAUCCAUUCUGGCUUGUCAAGCACGCUAAUUGAAUUGGACAGGCCCACCAAGUACAUUUCGCGUGUCUCAAGAUGCAAGACAUUGGUAAUAAGUAACUUUGUGGAGCAGUUUGGACAUACUGUUAUCCGUUAUUCGGAAAUGUCUAGAACUCCGUAUUU